AUGCGAAUAGAAUUAAUAGAAGAAAAAGAACAAAGAAAACAAGAUCAACUAAAUAUGUUUGAACAAAUAGAAAUCAACAUGUUAGAAAGGGAUAAUAGAUUUAAUAGAACUAACAACAAUAAUGAAAGAACUUAUAAUGAUAGACCAAAUAAUUAUAAACCAUUUAACAAUAGAUCAUAUUAUAAUGGGAUAUAUAAUAAUAGACAAUAUAGUAAUAGUUGGAAUAAUCAAAUCACAUAUUACAAAUGCAAUAGGACAGGACAUAUCGCUAGAGAUUAUAAAAUGAACUUAAAAAGAAAAUGUGAUAGAUGUGGAAGAAUAAGACAUACAAGAGAAUACUGUAAUAGUGCUAUUGAAAGAAUUAAUAAUUUACAAGUAGAAUCAGAUGAUGAUGAAAAAAUUUAUGUAACUUAUGUAACUACUAAAUUAGGAAAAACAUAUAAUAAUGUAAAAAGGAAUAAUCAUUCAUUUAUGCCAAGACAAACACUUACACCAAUGAAAAUUAAUAGAGAAGAAAUUAGAGUAAAGAAAACUAAAAGAAAAUCAGAAAUAGAUAAAACAGACGACUAUAAUUUAUUAAAAAACCUUAGGAAUACAAAAGCAAAUAUUACAUAUGCACAAUUAUUAAAAAUGAGUAAUGGGAUAAGUCAAGAUUUGAAGAAAGCAAUGAAAAAACCACAUUUACAAGAAUUAAAAAAUGUUGAAAAAGUAAACAAAAGAUUCAAAAAGAAAUACACAGAGAAUGAUGAACUUUUAAAUUUAGAAGAAGUAUAUGAAUUAAAUAAGAAUUAUGAGAUGUAUAAAGAAAUAUUAACAGAAGUAAUAUGUAAUUUAGAAGAACAAGAAUCAGAAUAUGAAUCGGAUGAUAAUUGA